AUGUCCUCCGCCGCCCCUCAGAGACUGCCCUUCUGGGCGCUUCUGUUGGAUCAGAGCGCGGCCGAGAGUCAAGCCCGUCUCAUCCAGGCCGGCACCUACAGUCUCAGAGAGCGCGAGAAGCCAUGGGUCGCCCGGCAACCCGCCUUGUACGAACGUGGAUACUCGCUCAGGCCGCGUUAUGUCCCCGGAUGGACGCCGUCCUGGGAAGGUACGAACCGCCAUGCAUUGUACUGCGAGGACUCAAUAUCACCUCUCGAUGGUCAGACUAGUAACGUCAUGGACGCUACCCGACGCAAAGACGGCAAGCUCGUGGUCAUCAAGACAACCCGCCUUCAGUGGGAGCUUGAUAUCGCUCGAUAUGUCACCUCAUUACAAGAUCCGCAGAACCAUUGUGUCCCCGUGAUAGACGUAUUUCGGGACUCUUUGGUUCCUGGCACCGUCUUGAUGGUGAUGCCCUAUCUUCGGCCCUUCAACAACCCGCCUAUGGAGAAGUUGGGGGAGCUCUUCGCCUUCAUUGACCAAACAUUAGAGGGUCUAUCCUUUCUCCACAGACACCGUAUAGCGCACCGCGACAUAUGCCCCUUGAAUGUGAUGAUGGACGCCCAUCCGCUCUAUCCUGGUGGCCACCAUCCCGUCCGACUGGGGUCUUCCCCCGACGCCCUGUAUGAAGUGAAGGCCCUCUCGCGCACAACUCAUCCCGUACAGUACUACUACAUCGACUUCGACUGCGCAAGCUUCUUCAAGGAGGAAGAAUCCCCUAUGGUACUUGGCGACGUUGGCCAAUACAACAAAGUUCCCGAACUUUCCGAGACAGUGCCAUACAACGCGUUCAAAGUCGACAUCUUCUCUCUGGGUAAUCUGUACUUCGAAGAGUUCACGGAGGUCUAUCAACAUCUGGGGUUUCUCGAUCCAAUAGUCAGCAACAUGCGACAGCAGGACCCAACGGCACGCCCUCAAAUUGACGACGUCAUCGACCAGUGGAAGACGCUUCGUGCCGCAGGUGAAACCAAAUCGUCGCGGAACUUGAUUCGCAAGAACGAAACUUCCGUGUCAAGGAUAGUGGACGGUAUGAGCAACGCCGUCAUGACAGGUCUGUUGCACGUCGUGGACCGCUUUGUAUAUUCGUAA